CUCUCUGAAUAUGUUCUGCGUUCCAUUCUACCUCAUUAACUAAUAUUGCCACUUCUUCAUCUGUAGCUCUCGCAAUAUCACGCUGAUAACUGCGAGCUAUUAGUCUUCUAAGAAUUUGUUGUUGAUCAUUUUGUAGAUCUUGUUGUUCAGAUCCACCAUGCAGUGCUCUAAUUAUAGAUCUAAAGAGGCAGUCACCAUCUCCAAUUACAUUAUCAAGAAGAGCACGUGGUAUAUUCAAAUUUUCACUAUGCGCAUUGUCACAAAUAUUUUCAUUAUGAUUUUCUUGUCGUAUACUGUGCCGAGCAAUAGUACGUAGUUGUCUUUUUGCCUAAAACAGAUAAGGAUGCUAAUUAAAAAGUUCAACCUUUUCCAAUGAAUCCUUAUAAAGAAGUUCAUCGUUUCUUGAUG